UUUGAUUUCAAAUGACAUAGCUUCUGAAAACAGCCUCCUAUUCGUUAUGUAGAUAUAGCGGCACAGUCUUUGAUGCUAGACUCCCCAACUAUCUGACAGUACUCAUGCUUUUCACUUACCACCAUUAUUCCUACUAAAUUCAACCUGACCUGCUGCAUUUACAAAUGACAUCUUUGCUAUACUGUGUAACAACACAUUGGAGUUGCAAUAAGUUAUCCCCUGUGUUCACUUCACUUGUAUUCAUGUUACUUCUUUAAAUAUACAAGCAACUAGCAACUAGCAACUAGCAACAAUGGGAAAGAAUCCUGCAGCUGGAAGUUCAUGGUUUAAUGCAGUCAAGAAAGCUUUCAGGUCUCCUACAAAAUCCAUCAAGUCUAGCAAAAGGAGGGAAGAACAUGAACAAGAAGAUGAUGAAAAGAAGAGAGGAAAGCGGAGGUGGAUUUUUAGCAAACAAUGUAUUUAUGAAACUACAAUACAGCAUUAUGCACCAGCAAGUAGUGUGGUUGAUACUCACCUGACUGUGAAACCCAAGGCCCUGGUUGAUGAUUACGAAAGGCGAGAUAUUGCAAGUGCUGAGGCUGUGGCAGAAGUUGCUUCAGUCCAAGCAGCUGUGGAAGUCAUCAGGCUUUCGAGUCCCUCUAAAAUCACCGGUGAAUAUUUCCAUGCUGCAAUUAAGAUACAAUCAGCAUUCAGAGCCUAUCUGGCGAGGAGAGCUCUGCGGGCACUUAGAGGAAUUGUAAAGCUACAGGCUUUAGUAAGAGGACAAAAUAUCCGUAAGCAAGCAAAGAUGACACUUCGAUGCAUUCAGUCCUUGGUCCGAGUUCAAACUAGAGUUCGUGAUCAACGUAGGAGGCUUUCAUAUGAAGGCAGCAAGGAUUCCACAUUCAAUGUAUCCAACAGCUUAAGGGAUUAUCAUGCUGGGACCAGGAAAUCUCGAUCUAGAGAAGGAAGUAGCAUUACAGAUGAGUGGGAUUGUCAUCAACAUACGCUGGAAGAAAUCAAAGCUAUAUUGCGGAAAACUAAGGAAGCAGAUUCUGACCACAGAAAUCAACUCUCAACAGCUCUUUCUCUUCGGAGUUUGAGACCUGGCAAGGACCAAUUUUUAUGUAAGGAAGGGGAAGAAGAAAAGCCUGGAUGGUCUGAUCAGUGGAAAAGGAUAGGCAGAAAUUCUGGUGAUCAAAGAGAUCCAAUGAAAACGGUAGAAAUUGACACUGCUCAAUCAUAUUCGGUCCCAAGUUUACGGAGAUCACAUAAUUCACAUUACCAAUACCCACAGCUAGAUCCGGGUUCAGAGUCUGAUUGUUCUCCAAUGCACAGAACAAGUAGAUAUCUGUCCGGUGCCUUCCCUAUAACGCCAUUUCAAUCCAAAAUAAAACAGCUCCAAGUUCAUUCAGCCAGUCCUCGUUGCCUAAAAGUUGAGAGGAACAUUAUGAUGGCUCAGUCGCCAAAUAUGAGCUCAAAUUACCACAAAAUGGCUGGACAAGAAAAUGCUGUGGCAGCUUCAGUGCCAAACUAUAUGGCAGCCACUGCAUCAGCAAUGGCUCGAAGUCGGUCUGAAAGUACACCAAGGCAGAGGCCUUUGACACCAGAGAGAGGAAGCGUGACUUCUGUGAAGAAACGAUUGUCAUUCGCAGCUCCUGAACCAGAUGCUUGUGCUGUCAUGAGUGAUACAGAACUGGAAAGGAACUUGUGUAGCCCAAGUUCUAGAUAUGGAAUGCGCGGAGAAUCAAACGCACUGCUGCGAGGACAACCUUGGUAAAGAUUCUUAGUGUCUUCAGUUACACUAUUGCAAUGCGGAGCAUAAUAAAACCAGAUUAUAAUGUGAGGCAGAACAUGUAGAGGGGAAACACUAAACAGAUUGAACGAGUAAACAUGUAAUGCAGCAUUGCAGCUUGAUUAAUCUUUUGCAACAUCUUUUGUUUUUCGACGUUUUGUUAAUCCAUUAAUCGUAUAUCAUAAUUACUCUUUUCUAUGCCACUCGUUUACCAUAA